AGCAGCAUAUUCUGGUUGAGAUAGAGAGAAAGGAGGGGGAGAAAGAGAGAUGGGUAGCAAGAAGAAAAUAUUGAGCAAGUAUUUCAUACACGAGCAUACAUUGGAACUGAACGAUCAUAAGGCGGAGGACAACAUAGGUGAUGAUUGCAUUGUGUGCGGAGAAUCCGUCUCGAAUGGGCAAUACUAUCGUUGCAGUGUAUGCCCUAGUACACUCAUCCAUCACUAUCCCUGCUCUGAAAUUCAAUUCCAAAUCGAUCAACACCCCUUUCACCCUCCUCACCGCACCCUUUUGUUUUCCCAAAAAGGCUAUCCAAACCUCUUUUGCGAUGCUUGUGGUCGCUGUUGUUCUUUCGGAACUUACAAGUGUGGUGACUGUGAUUUUGUCCUCGAUGUCAAAUGCGCUCUGCUAACCAAUAACAACAGCCACCACCACCACCAACCCAAUCACUUCCAUCCCUUGAUAUCUUGUAAAAAUAAGUAUAAAUUUUUUUCAUAUACAUGCUGUUACUGCGAUAUACGAAUCGAUGGAGAUUGGGUCUACGCAUGCCUAGAGUGCAAGGGUUUUCUCGACCAUUCAUGCGCUGAGUUGCCCUGGAAAAUCGAGCACCCGUUUCACUCCUUGCAUCCUCUCGUCCUCCUCCACCGGCAAACCUCAGAUUGGCAACUGCACAGGUGCAGCGUCUGCUCAGGUGAGCAGGCAAUCUAUUUCGCUUACCACUGUCUUGACUGUGGGUUUGUUUCAGACUUUCAUUGUGCUGGUUUGAAACCGGAACAAGCUCAGACUCAGAUUCAAAUUCAACAAUUCACCCACUCACAUCCCUUGGUUGUCUGCAAAAAAUUUUGGAAAGUUCCCUUUUCGCCGCUGCUAUGCGUGCCGCCUCUCCUUGUCCGAUUCCAUCUAUUUUUGCCCUGAAUGCUGUGUCCUGCUUCACGAAUCCUGUGCUGAUUUGCCUCCAGAAAUCAAUCACCUCCUUCACCCUAACCACACUCUUACCCUCCGCAACAAUCCGCCUAGUCCCAUUACAUUUUCAUGCCGACAGCAAUGUGGGGCAUGUUUAAGCUAUCUUGGUGGUAUUUUCUAUGAAUGUUCCGAUUGCGAAUGGUAUAUGGAUGUUAGAUGUGCUUUCUUGUCAAAACCCACCCUUAUGAGGUCUAAAAUUCACCGCCACCCUCUUGCUUUGGUCUGCGGGGAAGAUAACGCUCGGGUAUAUUGCUAUACUGGCAGCAAUCUCUGCUUGUCGCGUAUCCCUUUCUUCCGUUGUGUGUGGUGCAAUGUCAAUCAACAUGUCCAUUGUAUUUCAGCAUUACCGCCUACCCUCAAAUACAAUAAUCAUGUCCAUCCCCUUACCCUCACCUAUUGUCCAAUUAAAGACCGGCCGGAUGAAGAUGAUAACGCAGAGUUUUACUGUGAUGCUUGUGAAGAAAGAAGGGAUCUAGCGCUACCAACUUAUUAUUGUAAGGAUGGAUGCCAGUUCGUUGCUCAUCCUCAUUGCGUGGUGUCUGAGAUCAUACAUAGUCUAGAAGAAGAGUGGUCAAAGCAUGGAAAAGUUGAGGAGCUACGUGCACUAACAUUGAAAGAAUUUUUAGAUUCAUUUACAGAGGAUGAGAACAAAGAAGUGCAAGGUCUUUUCAAAGCCUACAAAAGGAGUGUUCAAGGAGAAAAAGGCAAGAUCUUGCUAUGUUUAUACCCAGGACGGGGAUGAGGAUGAGGAUGAGGACAACAAAACAGAUAUGAUCAAGGUCCUGAUGAAAAAGUUUGUUUCUGGAGUCACAUUGCCUAGGGAAAAUUGGGAUUCCACAUCAAAGGUUAUUGAGGAUGGAAACAACAUGAUUUUGGAGGAUCGGGUGUCCAUCCUAGAAGUCUUGCUUUCCAAAUUCGGGGACUUCAGUAAGAGUUCAAGACUUGGUACAAAGGCAACGAUGUUAUUCACAGUGACAGUAUGUGAAGCUGUACACGACAUAUGCAGCACCAGGAUCGGGGAAAUAACUACAAGUCAACUUUUGAUCUGGCUUCACUCCUUCGCUCUUGCUCAAUAUGCAGGCUUUGAAAUUCAGUUUGUCAUUGCUCGUUUGACAGAACUGGUGCGUACUCACUUUGGUCGCCAAGCUGAUUAUGACAUUCCUGUAGACCUUGAGCUUGCCAAAAUGGGUGUCCCGAUUGCGACACAACUUGCAGUCGUAGAUUCUAAAGAGCUCACCAAUAUUGAACAAGAUGGAGAAACUGAUGAUGAUCUCUGGAAGAAGGUAUCUUGGCAGCUAACCAUUAUGAAACUAGAUGAAACCAUUGAAGAUCUUAAAAAGAAGAAACAGGCACUUUUGAAGAUGCAGGAGGUUAGGUGCUUAAGAAAUGAGUGCCUGGGUGAUGUUCUAGGCCUAAUGGGACAAAUGGCAGGCGCAAGCCUAUUGUGAAAGGGUCUACUACUACUAGCAACUACCAUUGUUGCAGCAGGUUUGUGGUCCUUGGCUCUUGCGUUGAUUUGAUUAUGUCAUUUCGUAUGAAUCAUUAUGUACACGUAACCAACCACAUAAAAUAGAGGCCCAACACUCCAUUGAUCACAAUUAUUCUUCACUUUAAUUCCUAUUGUUUCAAAUUAAACUAUUUGGUCCGUAAAAAAAGUUUUUCAUUAGAAAAUAUUUUUCGCCCAAACAAAUGGAGCGUACAACAUUACUCUCCCAAAAAAUCUCAAUUGCUCUACAAUUAAUAAUGUUGCUGAAAUUUUUUGUGAGACAAUGCUAAUUACAUCAAGACUCAUUUAAAUUAAAUAGUUGAAAUAAAAAUAAAUAGCUUUUUGAGAGCAUCACAUACAUAAAAUAAAACCCCCCAUAAUACUGAAGUUAUAUCCCACUUUCUCAUUUACGACCUAAAAAUUAGGCACAACGUGGGCAAUAUUUUACAGGGCCAAUUUGGUCAUAUGCAUAGACAAUUAGAGAUGUGUUGUAGAUAGCCUUCACCAGAUAGCCUUGGCACCUAGUCAAAACAGUUUCAAAAAAAAAAAAAAAAUUACUGAAAAUGAAAUAUUAAUUGAAAAUGUAAUUGGAAUUUUUUUUGAUGUAAUUACCAACAAAAUUAAAUAAAUAUAGAGCGAAAAAUAAAUAUUGGGUAAAAACAAUCAUCACAAGAAGACACCAAAAUUUACAUAAUUUAACAAACUCUGUUUACGUUUACAAAUAUUUUUUUCUCAUCCUUUAUCUUGAAUAACAUGUUUGUAAAAUAUCCACUAUCACUAAAAUAAUACUGGCUGGCUACACCGGAUCUCAAAAUUAAUAGAUACGCAUAAUUUAGUAAUUUUGUUUUCUUUAAAGAAAUUCAAACUCAUUAUAAUUGAGAAAACUUUUUCAACUAGAGUAGCUGAUUGUUGAUCAUCACAUUUUAUUUUUUUUCUCCCCCAUAAUAAAAUAGAUUGAUUGAUAAUCAUAUCCACUCAAACCAAUUAUGCACAAGUUUGGUGAGUUCAAAGUUUCAUAACAAAAUAUCUUUAUAAAUUAUCUAAAUGUUUUUGCAUAAAAACACAAUACACGCUGAUAAAUUCACAACUCUUCUUUGUG